GGCGCACGAGACACCGGAGCGGGCCAGGCCGGCAAGGGAGGAGGUGGACCGGGAGAGACGCGAGGGGAAGACAGGGCAGCGCGAGACCACCGGAGGGUACAGGCCUGGGGCUGGCGAAACGGGGAAAGGGAAGAUCGGAAGGUUUGAAGGCGGAAGAAGAUCCGAUCUUCCAAAUAUCAUUUCAGCUGCUUUUCUUUGUCAACUUCAUUUGAACCACAAACGAAAAAAAUACGCGUCUACAUUUCAACUGACAAUGCCAUCCAACGCAGCGGCUGCCAAUCCUGCAUUCAAAACUUCCGACUUGGACUGUGACGCAGCAGCGAAGAAAACGAGUGGCCGUCGGACUGAGCAGGAAGUCAAGGAGAGCUCAGAGGAAGUGAGUUCCAGCAGCGCUCUGUCACGGCGAGUGGGGCGUCCCGCCAGGAAACGCAAGGCCGCAUCGGUGAACAGCUGCGACUCGGCGAAGGAGAAGGAGGGGAAGGAGGCGGAGGUGAAUGGCGAGGCGGAGAACGGGAUUUCCCAGAGUGCAUUGCAGCAGCAACAGAAGCAGCAGGAGCAGGAACAGAAGGAGGCGCAAAAACAACAACAACAACAACAACGACAGAAGGAGGUGAGGAAGCCAAAGGAGAAACGCAGUAGCCCCAAAGCCUCUUCCCGAGCCCUGCAGAACGGCAGCGCCAGCGCCCCCGACAGGAAGGAGAAGGAGCAGCAGGAGGAGCAGAAGGAGGUGCAAGAGGAGGAGGAGCAGGAGGAGUCCACCACCCGCAAGAGACGCGGACGCCGGAAACCACAGCAUCCCGAAAAACACGUGAAAGAGGAAGAGGAGAAGAACUGUGAAGAGCACAGGACCGAGGUAAGGACCCCAGCACACACACGACAUGGCUGCCCACAGGAGGAGGAGGAGGAGGAGGAGGAGGAGGUGCGUGGCGGCCGCGGAGGUCUGCGCAGGAGGCCGGUGCCCAGAGUCACCUUUCAGGCAGGAGAACCCUUCUACAUCAGCAGGAGAGAGAGGGAGGAGCUGGCCAAGUGGAAGAUGGAGGCGGAGAAGAAGGCCCAGCAGGCUCAGGCGAUGAGCACCAUGAAGGACCAAUCAGAAGCCGCGCCUCAGAAGAAGAAGGAGGAGUCAGCCACGCCAUUUCCAGCCAUGAACCCGCCCCCUCAGAACACGCCUGCACAGAACCCUCCAGUGCAGAAUCCACCGCCACCGCCGCCCGUGCAGCAGAACACUGACCCCGCCUCCCCCACCGUCGCCACGACGCCCGAGCCCGCCCCCAUUGCACCCAGCAGCACCAAGAGCUUGGCCAAGCGCAUGGAGCCGGAUCCAGAAUAUGAGGACAGCCUGGGGUUCGGCAUCGGGGAGCUGGUGUGGGGGAAGCUGCGGGGCUUCUCGUGGUGGCCCGGCCGCAUCGUCUCCUGGUGGAUGGCGGGCCGCAGCCGCGCCGCAGACGGCACGCGCUGGGUCAUGUGGUUCGGCGACGGCAAGUUCUCAGUGGUGGUUGUGGAGAAGCUGCUUCCUCUGAGUUCUUUCUCCACAGCUUUCCAUCAGCCCACCUACAACAAGCAGCCCAUGUACAGGAAAGCUAUCUUUGAAGUGCUACAGGUGGCCAGCACGCGUUCAGGUAAACUGUUUCCUGGGCCGGUGUCGACUGAUGAGUCGGACUCGGCGAAGAACGUGGAGGCCAUGAACCGGCAGAUGAUCGAAUGGGCCAGCAACGGCUUCGAACCACUAGGAGCCAAGGGACUGGAGCCCCCCGAAGCGGAGCGUAACCCGUACACGGAGGUGGAUGUGGAUGUGUGGGCGGAGCCAGAAGCGGCCUCUUAUGCUCCGCCUCCUCCCAAGAAGCCCCGCAAGAACGCUGUGGAGAAGCCCAAGGUCAAAGAGGUCAUUGACGAGGGCACUAAAGAGCGACUCAUAUAUGAAGUUAGACAAAAGUGCCGAAACAUUGAAGAUAUCUGUAUCUCGUGUGGGAGUCUAAACGUGUCUCUGGAGCAUCCACUCUUCACUGGAGCCAUGUGCCAGGGCUGCAAGAACUGCUUCCUGGAGUGUGCCUACCAGUAUGAUGACGACGGCUACCAAUCCUACUGCACCAUCUGCUGUGGGGGGCGCGAGGUGCUCAUGUGCGGCAACAGCAACUGUUGCAGGUGUUUCUGUGUGGAGUGUGUGGACCUGCUGGUGGGUACGGGUGCGGCGGCGGCGGCCAUCAGGGAGGACCCCUGGAACUGCUACAUGUGCGGCGAGCGCAACGUCCACGGGCUGCUGCGGCGCCGCGACGACUGGACCAGCCGCCUGCAGCACUUCUUCGCCAAUAACCACGACCAGGAGUUUGAGCCGGCUAGGCUCUAUCCUCCAAUAGUAGCGGAGAAGAGGAAGCCCAUCCGUGUGCUGUCUCUAUUCGAUGGCAUUGCUACAGGCCUGCUGGUGCUGCGCGACCUGGGCAUCCAGGUGGAGCGCUACGUGGCGUCGGAGGUGUGCGAGGAUUCCAUCACGGUGGGCAUGGUGCGGCACGAGGGCAAGGUCAUGUACGUGGGAGACGUACGCAACAUCCUGCACAAACACAUUGACCAGUGGGGUCCGUUUGACCUUGUGAUUGGUGGGAGCCCGUGUAACGACCUCUCCAUAGUCAACCCGGCCAGAAAAGGCCUUUAUGAGGGGACAGGUCGUCUCUUCUUCGAGUUCUAUCGCCUGCUGCACGAGGCGCGGCCCAAGCCGGGCGACGACCGGCCCUUCUUCUGGCUCUUCGAGAACGUGGUGGCCAUGGGGGUCAGCGACAAGAGAGACAUCUCACGCUUCCUAGAGUGCAACCCAGUGAUGAUCGAUGCCAAGGAGGUCUCUGCCGCCCACCGAGCUCGAUAUUUCUGGGGCAACUUGCCUGGCAUGAACCGGCCUCUUGCAGCCAUGGUGAAUGACAAGCUGGACCUUCAGGACUGUCUGGAGCACGGGCGCACUGCCAAGUUCGACAAACUGAGAACCAUCACCACUCGGUCUAAUUCUAUCAAGCAGGGCAAGGACCAGCACUACCCAGUCUUCAUGAACGAGAAGGAGGAUAUCCUGUGGUGCACUGAGAUGGAACGGGUGUUUGGCUUCCCUGUGCACUACACGGAUGUGUCCAACAUGAGUCGUCUGGCCAGGCAGAGGCUUCUGGGAAGGUCCUGGAGCGUGCCCGUCAUCCGGCAUUUAUUUGCCCCGCUGAAGGACUACUACGCUUGCGUCUAGGCAACCGUCGCCUGGGCGACCAACCAACCAACCAACCACCCACCCAUCUUGCCUGACCCCGCCCAGCCGCACUGCGACCCCGCCCAUUUCCACUUAAUAGCAUCCCCUUCCUGAAGGACUACUACGCUUGCGUCUAGGCAACCAUCGCCUGGGCAACCAACCAAGCAACCAAGCAACCAACCACCCAUCUUGCCUGACCCCGCCCAGCCGCACUGCGAACCCGCCCAUUUCCACUUACGUAAUGGCAUCCCCUUCCUUGGAACAUCCUCAAGUCUCUUCUCAAAGGGAUGACCCCGCCCCCUCUUUUAAUCAACCCACCAAUCAGCAGGCAGCCUGAGAUCUGUCUCCACCCACUUCGCUCAUCUCUGCAGAGGUGCUAUCUAAGGACAACUUUAACCAAUCAACACAAAAAGAAAACACAACAACAAAAGACAAUGCCUGAUUUUUUAAAUGGAAGAAAAAAAAAAACAAUGCAGAUGUUUUCACAUCAUUUUAUUGUUUAUGGUUUUUGUCGUAUUUACCUUUUUUGGUUUUGUAUGAUGUUUUUUGUCUUCUUUUGAUGAUUUCUCCUGUUUGUUUGUUUGUUUGUUUGUUUGUUUGUUUUGGUGUAAACUGGUUUGCAUGUCUGAGCUGUACAAGACUUCCCGCUCCACAGCACUGACAAAGAGAUGCGAGAGAGAUACGUGUACUGUGAACUUAGUGGUGUGUGUGUGUGUGCGUGUGUGUGUGCGUGUGCAUGUGCGUGUGCGCGUGUGUGUGUGUGUGUGUGUGUGCGUGUGCGUGUGCGCGUGUGUGUGUGUGUGUGUGUGUGUGUGUGUGUGUGUGUGCGCGUGUGCGUGUGUGUGUGUGUGUGUGUGUUCUGGUGACGAGAACAGGUCUUCUGUAAUUAGGAGCACAAUCUGAAGGACAUACAGUAUUGGAGGGCGGAUCACAUUUCCUCCUGUCUACCCUCCUCUCUUUCUCACUCUCUUUCCACCUUUCUCUCCCUCUCUGCCUUUCUUUCUCCCCUUCUGUCCUCUC